GGGCCCCUUUCCGCAGACUCAGCAUUUGUAAGACGGAUGUGGAUUGUAAUGGAGUGUUUGUACGUGUGUGCUGUGUUAUAAGUAAAUUAUUCACUGGUGUAGUAUAUUCAAGAUGGAUGUAUCGAUAUGGCGAUGUUUACUACUUUUAGGUUUUGCGAUUUAUUGUGUACAGUGCAAGUGUCCAAGUGCGAGCAAGAGAUGUGGGGACUGCUUGAUCACCAAGGACUGUGCCUGGUGCAAGGAUCGGAAUUUCACGGAGACCCGGUGUAACACUGUGGCUAAUCUAACGACCAAUAACUGUGCCAACAUUGUCAGGAGAAAGCAACAUAGUAUACAAUAUAUUAAGAACAGUAAUUUUUCUGAUGGCGGACCAGGGCAAGACUCUGUACAAAUCAAACCACAACAUGUCUCAAUCAAGCUUGUUCCAAACGUGGUGCUUACGGAUUUCCAGGUUUCCUAUAAAAUUGCCAGGAAUUUCCCCUUGGAUUUGUACUUUUUGAAUGACCCUUCUUUCACAAUGUUACCUCUGCAGGCUUCUUUGAAAUCGCUGGCCAAAUCUAUUGCCAAUGAAAUACAGAAUUUGACGACUGAUUUUCAGUUUGGUCUGGGAACUGCCAUGGAUAAGGUUAUUCUCCCAUUCACUCGAACAUCUCCAAAAUAUUUAAACGAUCCAUGCUUCGGAACCAUAGUCACGUGCGAAAAAGCCUACUCCUAUCGCCAUCGUUUGAAACUGACGCCAAGGAUAGAAGAUUUUGAGGCGGCUGUCGAUGACAUAAGGACUACGGCUAAUUUCGAUAAACCUGAGGGGUUAUUUGACGGUCUGUUACAGACUAUGGUGUGCGGGACCAAGAUUGGAUGGAGGGAAAAAGCCAGACGUAUGUUGCUGUACGCCUCCGAUAUUAACUUCCACCAAGCUGGAGACGGCAGGCUGGCAGGAAUUCUAGAACCAAAUGACGGAACAUGUCACCUUAAUGGUGAUGGGUAUUAUACCAAGGCUGAGGUCCAGGACUACCCUUCGAUUGGUCAAAUAAUUCAAAAGGCCAAAGAAAACAACAUUAACAUUAUUUUUGUAAUUGGUGGAAAUUCCUCGGAGUUGAACAAUCAACAGGUCCGGAAUCUGUUUUAUGACAAGUUGGCUACGUUACUGCCUGGGGGGACACCUCGAGCUUCAGAACUGUCAACAGACGCACGCAACAUCUUGGAUAUCGUCAGCGCAAACUAUAGGCGUCUAAGAGAGACUGUUAAAUUAGUUGUGAAUGAAGACAGCGAGGAAAUACAGGUGGUAAUGUACACAAACUGCCAGACCGGUGGUCGACUUAAAGACCAGACUAAUGUAUGUUCAGGACUAACCACGGAAAAAUCGGCUACUUUUUACCCUUACAUUAUGUCUACCUUUAACACUUGUCCGGAGAAAAGAAAUGUGACGUUCACCAUUUUCCCCGAAGGCCUGGAGGAACGUGUUCAGGUGGACAUAGAACACGUGUGUGACUGUGACUGCCAGCUCCAACCAGAGGCUGAACCAGACAGUGAGAAAUGUAGUUAUAACGGGACUUACGAGUGCGGUAUCUGUAACUGUAAUCCUGGUUGGAUAGGUGACCAGUGCGAGUGUGACGACAGGGGCACAGCCGAGGAGGCCUGUGGCACGUCCAAUGGCAUUUGCAACAACGCAGGGAACUGCACCUGCCGAAAGUGUGAAUGUUUUGAAGGAUACAGUGGUGACAAGUGUGAAUGUAAUGAUAAAAAUUGCAGGAGCUACGAACGGAUGCUUUGUGGAGGACCAGAUCGUGGUCGGUGUGACUGCGGUAAGUGUGUGUGUAACGCCAACUACACGGGAGAGGCCUGUGAAUGUGCUGUGUCCACAGCUGACUGUCAAAAGGACAACGGGACGAUCUGCUCUGGUAAUGGGGAAUGUGUGUGUAAUCGAUGCCAGUGUAAAACUGGUUUCCGGGGAAAAAUUUGUGACCAAUGCACAAGUUGUCCAGGCACCUGUAAAAAUAACAAGGACUGUGCCGAGUGUGUAGCAUUUGGUACUGGACUGUAUAAUUCCACCGUCUGUGAGAAGAUGUGCACCAAUGUCAAAACUGCCCCUUUAUUGGAACCUGCAACCCCCGAGGGACAAGUUGUCAAUAUAACUAUCAAGUCCUGCAUCACAGAAGACGACCAGAAGUGCAUCAUCAAUUUUAAUGUUUAUGAUAGUGACAGUGGCAAGGAGGUGAUCGUUAAGGACACAAGACGGUGUCCUCCUGGUUCACCGGAUCCGAUAAAAAUAGGACUAAGUAUUUCCGGAGCGAUUUUCCUGAUAGGACUCUUGUUGUUAUUGAUCUGGAAAUUGCUGACUAUGUUGUACGAUAGCAUGGAGUAUUCCAGAUUCGAGUCCGAAAUCCAAAAUCCUGCAUGGGAGAGAUCGGAGAAUCCCAUUUACAAGGAAUGUGUUACAACCGUGCAAAAUCCAAUGCACGAAACGCAAUUCAAAAACGAUAGUUCAGAUGAAAAACUGAUGCAAUGAUUGAAGAAAAUACAGACACGUCUUUAAUAUAUAUAUAUAUAUAUAUAUAUAUAUAUAUAUAUAUAUAUAUAUAUAUAUAUAUAUAUAUAUAUAUACAAUUGCACGAUCUUAUCUAUCACCUUGCAUCGAUAUUGAAACAAUCGUGCAGUUCAAGUUAUGAAGAAGUGACUAUAAUGUAUCCAUUCGCACUAAGAUGUUUAUGCGUAUUUUAACCGAUUAUAAAAGAAUGAUUUUAACCCCAAAACAAUAAUACCGUGUUAUUCAACGCAUGUGGAACAAACGAAACUUAAAAAAAGAAAAAAGGGUAGAAAAAUGAAGUUUGGUGAUAUUAAUCUAGCAGAAUACUCAAAAAACAUAUGGCGCCUAAAGGGACCAAUUUGGCUUCAGUGAUAUAUGUUUGUGAUGAAAGAGAAAAAAUCAUUACAUUCUUUUUAUGAGAACGCAAGUUGCAAUGUCAUCUGUUCGUAUAAAAGUGUGUGUUUGUUUGCUUAAAGUUUUAUUGCCAUUAAACAGUUUUAUCCAAGGGAUGAAGAUAUAUAUUGGUGCUGAUUAUAUUCGUUACGGAAGAACCAAACCGUGAAUUUUACCAUUUAUAUAUUAAAACUUAGCUUGUAUUAAAUCGAUGUGAACCUUUUUUUUCGUUUUUAUGUUCCUCUUCGGCCAAGCAGUGCAAUAGAAGUGUUCAAUUGUUUUUUUUCUUUUCUUUAUAAUUUGAUGUCUUCCGCUGUUUAUUUUUAAAUGAUUGUUUUUUUCUGAUUUCGACUUUUGUUCAACGAAAUAAAUAAAUUCUGAAUAUAUAGAAAAGAAUAAAGUUUUUUUUAUUUUGUUUGAUUAUACCUUACUGUCUUCAUUUUGAAGAAUGUGGAUUAGUUGACUGUGGUUUUUUUUUAUUAUAUAUAUUGCGUGCGUAUGUAAGUUGCAUAUUUCAUUACAUUAACCAUUGCUUAGUAUGUUUUAAAAGUUUUAGACAGUGUAUGAAUGACUUUUGAUCAUUGAUUCGUAAUAGCUGGAUGAUUUUUAUCUUGAUCUUUUAUGAUAUUGUAUUUUAUUAAGAAAGUUAAUUUUGUGUACCAAGCCCGUGUUGCAUAAAAGAAUGUGACAAGAUGUUUUCACUGGGAAUGAAUCACAAAACACAUCAUCUUCAUUGUCAUAAUUUAUUACACUUGUGAUACAGUAAUAUAAACUUAUUUAAAAAUCAAAAGUGCCUGUGCACGGCUAUUGCUGAACUCUUGUUUUCUUGCCUAACACGUGUGUAUAGUCCUAGCAGUCAUUUUUUAAAUAUUUUCUGUAUAAUUAUGCAUAUGAUAUAUUUUAAUAAAAUAUUUUAUCUAUCAAGGAUAGUAA